AUGGUGGAUUACUAUGAAGUUCUAGGAGUACAGAGAUAUGCUUCACCUGAGGACAUUAAAAAGGCUUAUCACAAAGUGGCACUUAAAUGGCACCCUGAUAAAAAUCCAGAAAAUAAAGAAGAAGCAGAGAGAAGAUUUAAAGAAGUAGCUGAAGCAUACGAAGUGUUAUCAAAUGAUGAAAAACGGGACAUUUAUGAUAAAUAUGGCAAAGAAGGAUUAAAUGAUGGAGGGGGAAGUCAUUUUGGCGAUCCUUGUGAGAAUGGCUUCAGAUUCCGUAAGCCAGAUGAUGUCUUUAAAGAAGUUAUUGGUCUAAGGGACCCAUUUUCUUUUGACUGCUUUGAAGAGUCACUUGAGAACCUCUUAAAUAGUCAAAGACGCCACUUUGGAAACAUAAGCAGAGGUGUAGACCCCCUUUUCUCUACCUUCAGCAAAUAUCCAGCUUUUGAGAGCAGAUGUCCUUCCCAUGACAGAGGAUAUGUAUCACAUGGUUCACUGGGACGUGAAGGCCUUACCUCAUUCUCUGCCAGGGCAUUUGAUGAUCGUGGGAUGGUCAACUACAUAUCUGUUACAACUCCACGUGAAAUAAUUAACGGGCAAAAUAGCAAUACAAAGAAAAUAAUUGAGAAUGAUCACGAAAGAGAAGAAGUUGAAGAUAAUGGUGAGGUGAAGUGCUUCCUGAUAAAUGGUAUGGCAGAUGAAGAGGGCCUUGCAGAAGGAUGCAGCUGGAGAAGACAGUCAUUCAACAACUACUCAAGCAGUCCCAAACAUGUACCUCAAGAUACUUUUGUGGACAAUGAUGAGCAAGGUAUACCUUGGGUCACCAGCAGCUGGGAUCCCUCUGUUUUCGCAGCAGGAUUCAAAGAAGGUAGUAAGAGAAAAAAAAAGAAGCAUAAAGAAGUGAAGAAGAAGAAGAAGAAGUCAACCAAAAGCAAAAGCUAA